AUGGCUUCCAUUAUCCACCCAGCAGGCAUAUGGAGAGUAUCGGAUGAUGAGGGCAUGGGUGAUGACCAUGGCAGGAAUCUUACGAGGCAUGUUUCGUUGCACAGACUUAGCCAGGACCCCAUUGCUACUAUUGAAUCUCUCCCCAGCGCAGCGCUUGAGCUCGUCCGAGUGCAGAGCCAUGCUGACGGCAUUCCUAAUCGAGGUCCCUCCCACGACGGCCUUGGCCAGGAAUCCGGAGGUCCUCGCCUACCCAUAUCCCAAGGCGUCCCGCCGGAGCUCCCAAACCUGCUGGCAGAAGUGGUCUUUGUCCUUACCUGCACCGGCGGCCAGCUGGUCUUUGCCCUUCUGAUCGGCCAUGUCACUGUAACACAAGCCGUCUUCGCCGCCGCGCUAGGCAUCCCACCAUCACAGAUCCCCUGGCUUAUUGGCUCUUUCAUGCUCGCGUCCGGCUUGUCGGUGAUAAUAUCUGGCUCGCUGGCUGAUCUCGUACCACCGAAGCCGCUCAUGGUGGGUGCGUUUCUAUGGGAAGCGGUGUGGAAUGUGAUCGCGGCGAUUGCAAUCAGCCCGCGGCUGAAAAUCCUCUUCUUCGUCGCGAGGGCCAUGCAAGGUCUCGCGGUCGGCGUGCUCGUGUCGGCUUCCAUGAGUAUCCUCGGCCGCGUGUAUAGCCCUGGUAUCCGCAAAACACGGGUAUUCAGCCUGAUGGCAGCAGGCUCGCCGCUCGGGUAUUGGCUUGGCUGUGUGCAGGCUGGGGGACUAAGCUCGCAUCUCCCAUGGAUAUUUGGCAGCACGGCGGUCUUCCUCGCGGUCUGCGCGCUGGCGGCACAGCUGACAAUCCCUCCUUUGCAGCCAGCGCAGGAUAGUAUCAACGACGAAACCCUGUCGUUACGCCAUUUUGACUAUCUCGGUGCUAUGCUGGCGUCUAUAGGGUGUAGUUUGGUCAUCUUCGGUCUCACCCAAGGGUCCUCGGCGCAGUGGAGCCCGUACACGUAUUCCUCUAUUAUCCUUGGGUUCCUGAUGCUCGGGGGCUUUUAUUUCGUGGAACAACGGGUCGCUCGCCCGCUUAUCCCGAAUCAGCUCUGGAAGACGCCAGGGUUUGGCGCACUCCUCGUCUCGUACUUUCUCGGCCUUGGAGCGUAUUCCGGCGCAUGGCAGUUCUACGCCAUCCAGUUCUGGCAGCGCUACCAGAGUGCCACGCCACUAACUGCAGCCCUCUACCUCCUUCCCAACGGCCUCGUCGGCGUCCUCGCCGCCUAUAUCGUUUCUAAGACCUUGCACGUUGUGCCCACCCACGUGAUACUUACCGCUAGCAUGGUCGCCUUCGGCCUCGGCCCCGUCUUCUUUCUCCCUCAAAGCCCAAUGUCUGACUACUGGGCGCUUUCUAUGCCGGGGGUAGCCCUCGCAACGUUUGGGCCCGAUAUGAGUUUCGCGGCCGCGGCAAUUUUCAUCACGAGCAGUGUUCCUAGGAGCUAUCAAGGGGCGGCGGGGAGUCUGUUAGUUACAGUUCAGAAUCUCACGAUGGCGGUGAUGACAAGUGUCUGUGAGGCGAUCGGGUCGAGGGUAGAGAUAUUGCCUACUGGAGAGAUCGGGUUAAACGGUAUUAGGGCGAUCUGGUGGUUUGGACUAGCGGCUGCGUUGAUGGGGGCAUUGAUUACAGCGACGAUGGUUAGGAUCCCAAAGGCGGAAGAAAAGGAACAUGUGCAGUGA